UGCAUCUGUGCCUGCACAAGUUGUCAGUUGUCACAACAAGAGCAAAGCGAAUACAGUACAACACUCCUCCUGCUCGCUUCACAACUUGCAUAACUCGUCAUCCUCUACUUGCCAAAUACUUUCUAAUACUUUUUGGAUAGUUCUACGAAUUAAUAUGUCUGCUGAACAGCAAUUGACGGAAGAACAGAUUGCAGAAUUCAAGGAGGCCUUCUCACUAUUCGACAAAGAUGGCGACGGUAGUAUUACCACUAAGGAACUGGGAACUGUGAUGCGAUCAUUGGGACAAAACCCAACGGAAGCAGAACUCCAGGAUAUGAUCAACGAAGUAGAUGUCGACGGAAAUGGAACAAUAGACUUUCCAGAAUUCUUAACCAUGAUGGCAAGAAAAAUGAAAGAAGUUGACAGCGAAGAGGAGAUUAGAGAGGCGUUUAGGGUCUUUGACAAGGAUGGUAACGGCUUCAUAAGUGCGGCGGAGUUACGUCAUGUGAUGACUAAUCUUGGUGAAAAACUGACUGAAGAGGAAGUUGAUGAGAUGAUCAGAGAGGCCGACUUGGACGGAGAUGGUCAGGUCAAUUAUGAAGAGUUUGUAACCAUGAUGACGUCCAAGUAAACAUGAAACUAUACCAUGAUCAAACAAAAGUACUACAAUUUGGGGAACGGAUGGAAAGGAAGACUUUAAAGGGAGACAAAGAAGUACAUACUUGUCUGUGUGUGUUGAUAAAUGUAAAUUGUGCCUUCUCCUUAUAUUUUGCCAUCUAAACCCGGAUACCACACUGCACACGCGUAGGGUCGUACGCGAUUCCAUAAAGAUAGAUCAUUUUCGACGUCACUUAUCACCAGCUAUCAGCAGGCGGCAUCCUAUCGUCAAGCUCUCUAUGGUUGACGCAGUGUAUGUCCGGCUUAACGGAUGCAAGAUAUAACUUUUGAGCCGAGAAAAACAAAUCGCUUUUGGUCUAUGCAUUAAUCUAUAUGUUAGCGUAAUUCCCGCGGGCGCAGUUUAAGUAACUGGGUUCGCGGGGAGACGGGCAAUAUUUUUCAGACUACCAAGAAUUUGGAGAAUUAAAUCGAUUCUGGUGGUAGCCUGAAACCUGCUAAUUUAGAUGGUUUCGUGUUCUAGAGUAGCCUAGAUUUUAUAGUGAUUUUCAUUGGUGUUAUUACGACGGACAAUAAGUUAUAAAAUCAUUGAGGUGCUCUGUGUGGUUUACAUACAGAUGCAAGCGAGAUACCCAAAUGUCGAGGUGACGAAGCUAGGGGACAGUAUUCACGAAUAAUGAUAUUUACGGGUUUCACGAUACAUUGCAGAUUAGCAUCGACUGAUUAGAAAGUGUGGGGCUUACACUUUUGACCAAUCAGCAAUCUCUUUGAUUUUACAAAGCAAUAUAACCGUCAGUAAUUAAGUUGAAAAUUCGAAUACAGGCCUAUUAUCUUAUUCAAUGAUAAUGAUUAAGAAUCUGCCUCUUGUAUUUUACAAUUUUUACAUAAUAAAUAUUUGAUCACUGAAUGUACGUUUUAAACGCCAAAUAAAGACGUAUUUCUCUUGUAUUUUAUGAAUUGGUAAUAACCAUCAAAAGAGUGAUAAAUUGAAAAUAUAUACAGAUAACAUUAUGCUUUGUUUUAAAAUUAACGAAUGUUUGGUUUGAUCAUCAUAAAAGUUGAACAAUGGUGAAUUAAAUCACGACGCCUUGCGUAAUAUACUGUAGGCCUACUCAAUUCUUCUCAAUUCUCAAUCUUGAUAUGGGAUCUUCUUUGCAUACUAAAUUUGAUUUAACAUUUCCUCUUUAAGUUUUUCGCUCUAUUGAUCCACAUCGUUUUUCUUUGACACACAAGUUCUUUUUUUUGUCUUUAAAAACGGAAUAUAGGCCUACUCAAUUCUUUUCCAAUCUUGAUAUAGGAUCUUUCUUGUUUUUAUGUAAUUUGAUAACAUUUUGGGGAUGUCUUUUCUUUCUUUAUGUAAUCGGUUUCUCUUUAAUGUUUUUCGCUCUAUUGUUCUACAUAUUCUUCUUAUGAAACAUACCACGUUUUUAAGAUUAAAACAAUUUUAUAUAAUUAUAUUUCCUCUCUGUAAAACGAGAAUAGGAAAAUAAUGAACGCCGGGAACGAGUGCAAAUAUUUAUAUUAAUUAAACCGACAUUUAAUGGGAUUAAUUUUGUGGGUUGUUUCCUACAUGUAUAUUUAGAUAAGUUUGUUGUCAUUAAAUAUCGAAUACUUCAAAA